GUAGAUUCGUUCCAGCCAGUUGCGUCACUACUCCACAGCCAUGCCUGCUCGCCAGAGUGACUUCGACGUCCUCGCUGUCUCCUCCUCCUCCUUCGACGACCUGGACCUCGUCUCUCUCCCUCAUUCCAUGUCGAGCUGCUCCUUGUCUUCAUGCCAAUCUGUGGAUUCCGACACCACCGCGUCCUCGGAGUCGUCGGACGAGAGCCAAGAGUUCUAUCUCACGUACACGAGGCCUCGGCAGCCGAAGACGGUGGAGGUAGCUACGGGAAGUGAGGCUGAAGGUAUGGAACUAUCGAGGGGGUGGCCGACACCCUCUAGGGAGAAGCAGCUGCGAGCGCUAGAGCACUGCAUAGCGCUACUGAGCAGGCAAGAUCGUCCUCGGAUAACCAGUGCUGUUGGAACGAUACUGGAAAUGUGAGUGAAGGACAACGUGUAGAUGUUGUAAUCUAUGUAGCAUAAUUGAAAUUGGUGGAUUAAAAGCCCAUUUCAUCAAAC